CCACCGGAAGAGGAAGUUUCUCCGCGGAACGCCGCGGCCUCCGCUUGUCCGAAUUCGGUGGCGCCACGUCCGCCGGUCUCCGCCUCGUGCACCGCGGCUUGGGCGGCUUCCGCCUCGACCCUCUCCAGUGGCGGAGCCCGCCGCGCAGUGCGGGGAGCCGGGACGGGCAGACGGGCGGCGGGGCGCAGCCCGGCCACGUGAGAGGCGAAGAUGUCGGACAUCGGGGACUGGUUCAGGAGCAUCCCCGCCAUCACGCGCUACUGGUUCGCCGCCACCGUCGCGGUUCCCUUGGUCGGCAAGCUCGGCCUCAUCAGCCCGGCCUACUUCUUCCUGUGGCCCGAAGCCUUCCUCUAUCGCUUCCAGAUUUGGAGGCCCCUUACUGCCACCUUUUAUUUCCCCGUGGGUCCAGGAACUGGAUUUCUUUAUUUGGUCAAUUUGUAUUUCUUAUAUCAAUAUUCUACGCGACUUGAAGCAGGAGCUUUUGAUGGAAGGCCAGCAGACUAUUUAUUUAUGCUUCUCUUUAACUGGAUUUGCAUCGUGAUUACUGGCUUAGCAAUGGAUAUGCAGUUGCUGAUGAUUCCUCUGAUCAUGUCAGUACUGUAUGUCUGGGCCCAGCUGAACAGAGACAUGAUUGUAUCAUUUUGGUUUGGAACACGAUUUAAGGCCUGUUAUUUACCUUGGGUUAUUCUUGGAUUCAACUAUAUCAUUGGAGGCUCGGUAAUCAAUGAGCUAAUUGGAAAUCUUGUUGGACAUCUUUAUUUCUUCCUAAUGUUCAGAUACCCAAUGGACUUGGGAGGAAGGAAUUUCCUAUCUACACCUCAGUUUUUGUACCGUUGGCUGCCCAGCCGAAGAGGAGGGGUGUCAGGAUUCGGUGUACCCCCUGCUAGCAUGAGGCGAGCCGCUGAUCAAGAUGGAGGAGGCAGGAGACACAACUGGGGCCAGGGCUUUCGGCUUGGAGACCAGUGAGGAGCAGCCUCUGGCCUGCGUGCCAGGCGCUCCACUCAGACGAUGGUUCCUGCCAGUGCUGGGUUGCCUAGCGACGAGUCCUCCUGCCACUCUUGGACCUGACCCACACUGAAUGUAGUCUUUCAGUAUGAGACAAAAUCCUUUUUAAGUCCUGAAGGAAAAUACAAGUGUUCCUCAAGUUUCACGAUUCUCAUUCAAGUCCUUACUGCUAUGAAGAACAAAUAUCAAUCAUCCAAAUUUCAAAACUGACUUUUUUUUUUUUUUUUUGGUGUUUUCUCUUCUUCCCUUUCCAUCUGAAUAAUGGGUUUUUAGCAGUUCCUCAUCUGCUGCCACCAAGCUGGGCAUCUGGGCUUGGGUUACCGAAGCCUAUUGAAGGAGUCUUUCCUCCUCUUGCACACAUGCCUUCUUCCUUUUCCCAGCUUCCAGAGAUGCACCUAGGGGGAGGUGCCCAUCAAAUGGUUCUGCCUUUGACAAACUCCCACUUCCUGACUUGCCAAAGCUUGAUCAGAGAGAACAUACACAGUUGCUUUCCCCAUUGAGUGGCAGCACCGUAGCAGGGGAGAAGACUGAAGCAAUGGAAGACGUGAUUGUGUCCACCUGACUGCAGUGGCCACCAUUAGCCACAUCAUCAGAUUUUUUUUUUUUAUAUAACCAAAAGAAGCACCAUUGAGUCAGUGAGUGCCUGGUCAGUCAUUGAUGAGAUCCAAGGGUUGUUGCUAGGCGUUUUUUCCCCCCCCUUUCCCUGAAUGAUGGGAAGUAGCGGAGUUGCUUCUGAAGCAGAGGUUAGGUUGAAACCAUGGGGGACAUGCCCCUCGGUGCUUCCUGGGCAGGGAGGGCACACUGGCUUGUGUACCCAGAGAAGUUGGGUUGGGUUGGGAGAUCACCGAGAUCACAUUGGCCCCAGAGAGAGGCCCCUGUUCGUGGAUGUGUGUGCAGUUUAGUAGGUGGAGAGAGGAACCUCAGACCUCAUUGACAUUUUUUCCUUGAUACCCUCCCCCCCUCACUUUUUUUUUUUGUCAAGCGUUAAUUGUGAGGGAAGUACAGUUCUUUUAUAUGUGGCUGAGUUUUAAAAGCUAAUCUAGGCACAGCUGAGUGAAUCACACAUAAUUGGGGGUUGUAAUGGCUUUAGAAUCAUUUGCAUCUAAAGGUCUAUUAUAAUUUUGAGUCAUGAAUGUACAUUGCUUUGCAAAUCGGACCAGCUUAAAUACCCACAACUCCCUUUUCAUAGGUGGGCUCUUUCCAUCAGAGCUCAGCUCAUCUCCAAAUAAAGUUUUUGAAGGCUACAGUGUUUCACACCGUUACUCUAUGCUUCAUUCUGAAAGCUGACUGCUGGGAGCCGUUGGGAGUAGCUCUCAUACUUGAGUAGGUCUUGAGCGUUUUGGUCAUUUCUUUUUCAGGAAUUGCGCUCUAACAGGAUGACUGUCCUUUCCCCUUUAUUAAACUGUGAUGUGUGUUAUUCUGGGAAAUGGGAGUUUGAAAAGAGCUCCUUGCUUUUAGUGAAGUUUGUGUGGAUCUCUUCAUAUUUAAUUUGUAUGGUAAAAUAGGAGGUGAGGAUUGUCUGAACCUAAAUUGUCAUGUUCCCCUGUUGACCUGCAGCUUUAAUAAAAUGUACUUGUAAAAUUCUAGAAGCCAUA